UUCUUAUCAUGGCAGCGGCUGCUCGUCCACAAGUGACACCCGAAGAAGAAGACGCGUCCGAGUUACGAUUUGGAAAAGAGUUUGAGAACGCAGAAGCGUUGAUUAAUUCAGAGGUUUUUAUGCUGCUGGAGCAUCGCAAGUCUCAGAAUGAUAGCACGGAUGAAGAGCAAGAACUCUCUGAUGUGUUUGUGAAGACACUGACGUACACACAACGUUUCAGUAGAUACAAGAACAGAGAAACCAUACAAGCUGUUAGAGUACUUUUAGCCAGAAAGCAGCUACACAAAUUUGAACAAGCUGCACUUGCCAAUCUGUGUCCUGAGAAUGCAGACGAAGCAAAGUCUUUAAUUCCAAGUCUUGAAGGGAGAUUCGAUGACUCAGAGCUGCAAGAUUUGCUUGAGGACCUACAAACUCACAAGAGUUUUCAAUUGUAAUACAAACCGUUGCUCGUCAUUGCUCGUGUACAGUAGAUAAAUAUAGACAAAUUGAUGACGUCAUUUGCAGCUAAGGCAUUAUGAUGACGUCACGUAAGUAGGAACGGUACGUGUGCAGACUGUAAGAGUAGGUGCGUAGUGUGUUACGUACAGUAAUGUGCUACAAACAGUCACCGAAACGUUUCAGUGCAGCAAU